GUCAAUAAACUGUUACUGUUCCCCUGAUCAAACAAGCAUGGUUUCGAAUUCAUAACCUAACUAAGCAAAACCGUAGUAGCAUUAAAACUAUUUAUAUUAAUAAAUAUUAAUAAUGGAUUAUGCUAUUGGAAGUUUAUCGGAUUUAAUAACGGGUAAAGUUACUCCUAACAAACGUAAAGUGGUGAAAAAACAGAUUGAGUCGCAAAACAUUGAAGAAAAUAUUCCUUCAGAAAAUGCGAACGGCAGUGCCAGAAGGAAGAAAAUUAAACGCUUGCCCCAACACACAACAGAUGAAAGUCAAGGUUUAGAUAGUUUGGUAGAAAAUUCUAACACGUCAGGAUUAGAAGAAGAUGAACCUGUUAAAAAGAAGAGUAAAAAUGCGAAGAACGCAGAAAAAAGAUUGUCAUCAAAAAACAAGCCAAAAAAGCAGGAAGAAGAUCCUGAACUACGUUCCAGAACCGUUUUUGUGGGGAACUUGCCCAUAUCUGUGACUCCAAAAAAAUUUAAAAAAUUGUUUACGAAAUAUGGCCAAGUUGAAUCUGUUCGUAUCAGAGGAGUUCCUGUUGCAGACCCUAAAACUCCCAAAAAAGUUGCGAUUAUAAAAAAAGAGUUCCAUCCAGAUAGAAAAAGUUUUCAUGGAUAUGUAAGAUUUCAGGAACGUGAAGGUGCAGUUAAAGCUACAGCAAUAGAUGGUAUCUUGUAUCAAGACCAUCACUUAAGGGUACAUUUAUGUGAUGUAACAGAUAAACCUGCAGAGGACAAGGCUAUAUUUGUUGGAAAUUUGAGUUUUUAUGCUGAGGAAGAUGAUUUAUGGAAAACUUUUGAAUCUUGUGGACCUAUUUUGUCUGUACGUAUUGUGAGAGAUCCACGAACAGGAAUGGGAAAAGGAUUUGGAUAUGUUAAUUUUCAGAACUCAGAUUCUGUUACACUUGCGUUAGAAAUGGAGAACGUUAAACUAAAAGACAGAGAAUUAAGAGUUAAAAUUUGUAAUAUUAAUGGCGCUAAAAAGAAUAGCAAGAAAAAUAAAGGAAAAAAGAUAAAUCCAAGAAAACGGAAUCAACAAAAAGCAACAAAAUCUGAAGCUACAACUCAAAUUGCAAAUACACAGGAAGAAAAACCACAGAUUAUUCAAACAGAAAAUGCAUCUUUUCAAGGAGUAAAAUUUGCAGCAAAAAAGAAAAACAAGUUGAACAAAGGUUUACUCGAGAAGAGAAAGAAGAUAAAACAGAUUGCACCUAAAUAAGUAAAUAUUUUGGUUGUGUAUUUUAUUCUGAAAAA